AUUACUUAGGAGCGUGUCGCCUUCACACAACCUUCUACUGUUUCGGAUAUUUGCUAGGUUUUAGGUCAUGGUGAUUGAUGGCUAUAAAUAACAGUGUAACGAGUAAAAGAAGAGGCAAAGACAAAAACAUAGUAGCAGAGGAAACGCAAAAAUGGGUGCUUUGGAUCACAUCUCCGAGCUCUUUGACUGCUCCCACACCAGCUCCAGACUCAAGAAGAAGCGCAAACAAUUCCAGACGGUGGAGGUGAAAGUGAAGAUGGACUGUGAAGGGUGUGAGAGGAAGGUGAAGAAAUCGGUGGAGGGAAUGAAAGGGGUGACUCAGGUGGAGGUUGAUCGGAAGGCUAGUAAGGUCACUGUUUCGGGCUACGUUGAACCCUCUAAGGUUGUGUCUCGCAUCUCUCACCGCACCGGAAAGAGAGCGGAGCUAUGGCCCUACGUCCCGUACGACGUCGUUGCGCACCCUUACGCGCCCGGUGUCUACGACAAGAAAGCGCCCUCUGGGUACGUGCGAAACGCCGACGUUGACCCUCGUCUCACUAACCUCGCACGUGCCAGCUCCACCGAGGUCAGGUACACCACCGCCUUCAGCGACGACAACCCCGCCGCAUGUGUCGUUAUGUGAUGUCAAUAACCGUCUUUUGUUACUUUUUUUGUUGUUCUUGUGUUGUAUCAUAGUAGCAAAGGAAAAGACAAAAGUAAAAAUAGGUCACCUAAUGUAUGUAACCUUAGAUUCAUUUUGGCAUUUUUUUAUAUGAUGUUGUGUUCAAAAAAAUUGUAAUGUGAGUUUUGUUGGUAGUUUGAUUUUUUUGAAAAAAUUAAUUGCAUGUAUUUAUUGUACUGUACUUUGAUUUGUAUAUAAACGCGUUUCAUAUUUUCACACUGAAAA